CGGCUUGGACGACUGAGAGCGCUCGCGGAAACAUUUAUUGUCAAAGGAUAGGAUGCCCCUCUUGCUCUGCUGCUGUACAACGGCUGUCGAGCACUGAAGCUCCCCCCCCCCCCCGCCUGCCCACUAAACUGACGCUCGAAAAUAAACAGAGGCACUCGGUGAAGAUGCAGAGAAGAAGACCGGCCUACCAAAUGAUAGACGGAGUUGUGAGAUGCACUGUACUGAAUCCUGACCGACUAAGAGAAGCCCUAAACUUCAAGGCAACGAAAGGAGACCUCGUGCAGGUGACAUUUCCAAAGAGCGGAACGCAUUGGUUGAUGUACAUCACGCAAAUGAUUCUCAGAGGGGGACAACCGAUGACGACCUACCAAGAAUUCGCUGAAGAAUGGCGCUUCCUCGAGUACAUGGACGUUAAGGAUUACAGGUCAUCUCUGCCUCUGAGAUCUUUCGUUACACAUUUGGCAUUGGAAAAGCGUAUGAUGAACGAAGAAGCCAAGUACGUCUACCUCGCCCGCAAUCCGUGGGAUGUGUGCGUUUCAUUCUACCUCAUGAUGACCAACUGGAGCAAUUUCAAAUUCCAGAACGGAACGUUCGAAGAUUUUGUCGACGCGUUUGUGAGUGGCAAUUUCGGUUACGGCGACUAUUUCGAACAUGUUGCCGCGGGGUAUGCACUCAGGGACGAACCGAACGUGCUCUUCCUGACCUACGAAGAACUCAAGGACAACAACCGAGAGAUGGCACUGAGGCUGGCGUAUUUCUUGGGAGAACAGUACGGCCGAGCUCUCGAGAAGGACGAAGGGUUGCUCCAGAAAGUGCUGGAGAAAUCGCAGCCCGAUCACAUGCGCAAUGUGGUGGUCGUGGAUUUGAGUGCCGGAGACAACCCCCAGUGGAGCGACGUCUUCACGCGUGAAAAGAUCACUUGCAUCAAAGGCCACGACGGGGAAGAGAACAAGUACUCGUACGUAAGAAACGGUAAGGUUGGAAGCUGGAAGGAUUACUUCACGCCCGCCCUGCUUCGGCAGAUGGAGCUCAGGAUUCAGGAGGCGGAGAAGACGUCUUCCUUCCUGGACCUCUGGAAGGAUAUACGAGCUGAUGCGAAGGCACGCAUUCAGGAUACCGAAUAAAGUGUCGUGCAUCCUGGUGCUUGAAACAA